CUUGUCGACCUUCUUUAAAACUUUAUUCCCAGUAAUAAUCAAUUGGAGUUGAGAGAGAAAGAGCAUAGGAAAUGGUGAAGGAUGAAGAAGCACUCGUCUUUGCAUUUUUCCUUCACAGCUUUCGCAUUUUAGAUCUGUAAACCCCAAAAUCCUUCAUCAUGAACUCAACAAACGAUACAUAUGUUCUGCUUCAAAAACUACUAUAGAAAGCUACCCGACUCAAAGAUGAACCAGUUGACUGUGGAGACCAACGACACUUUUGCUACAUUGCUUGAACAUGCAGCCAAUAAUGAUAUCAACGGUUUUACAAAACUAAUCGAGCAAAACCCCUCCACCAUUGACGAGGUUGGAUUAUGGUACGAACGUCAAAAGUGCUCAAAACAAAUGGUUCUUGAACACAGAACUCCAUUAAUGGUGGCUUCAAUGUAUGGAAGCAUCGAUGUAUUGAAAUUGAUUCUUUCUUUAUCUAAGUCCGAUGUGAAUCGUUCAACUGGUGCUGAUAAAACCACCGCCCUUCACUGUGCUGCCGCCAGUGGAUCACCCAAUGCCGCCGAUGUCAUCAAACUUCUCUUAUCAGAAGGCGCGGACCCAUAUUUAAUCGAUGUUAACGGGUUACGCCCCGUGGAUGUGAUCGUCGUCUCUCCAAAGUUUCCAAAUACCAAAAAUACCCUCAAAGAACUUCUUGCAACAAACGAAACCGAAUUUACGGAUUUACCCUCGUCCCCAAAAAUAUCAUUGAACGACGGUAAACGGGAGUACCCGGUUGACCCGUCUUUACCCGAUAUAAAAAACGGGAUCUAUUCAACAGACGAGUUUAGAAUAUAUUCGUUUAAGAUCCAGCCAUGUUCGCGUGCUUACUCACACGAUUGGACCGAAUGCCCAUUUGUCCACCCAGGCGAAAACGCGCGUAGGCGGGACCCACGGAAGUUUCAUUACAGCUGUGUCCCGUGUCCCGAUUUUAGAAAAGGCGCGUGUAGAAGAGGCGAUAUGUGCGAAUACGCGCACGGGGUUUUCGAGUGUUGGCUCCACCCGGCUCAAUACCGGACCCGGUUAUGUAAAGACGGGACAAGUUGUAACCGCCGGGUUUGUUUCUUUGCUCACACGCAAGACGAGCUUCGACCAUUAUACCCCUCGCCUAGGGCCAUGUCAUCAUUGGAAUUUGCAGCUGCCAUGAGCUUGAUUCCAGGGUCACCUUCGUCAUUUACACCGCCCAUGUCCCCGUCAGCAAACGCAAUGUCAAAUUGGCAACAAUCAAGUGUCCCGAAUGUCCCGUCUUUGCUUUUACCGGGAAGUAAUCUUCAAUCGAGUCGAUUAAGGUCAUCAUUGAAUGCGAGAGAUCAAGAUUUGAGUAUGUUUUUACAAAGAUCGGGUCAUAAUCAAACGGUGUUAGAGGAUUUAUUUGCAAACGAAACCUUGUCUCCUCGUUUUUCGGAUCAAUCGAUGUUUUCUCCGAGGAACAAUUCGUCGGUUUUUAACGCGUUUCAACAACAACAAGGAAUGUUGGCUCCUAUAAACACGAAUUAUACGGGUCAAUCGAUGUCACCUCGCAGUAUGGAAGCGAUUUCACCGAUGAGUUCACGGGUUUCAAAGUUGGCCCGAGAGAAUCAACAUCAACAACCGUUUCGAAGUUUGAGCUCACGAGAACUUGGGUCAAAGUCAAACACGGGUUCUUCUGUUGACCCGUGGUCAAAGUGGGAUUCUUCGGGUAGUGGGAAAGCUGACUGGGCGGUUAAUGCGGAUGAUUUUGGGAAAGUUAGAAGGUCGUCUUCGUUUAGGGAGGAUGCUGACGUGUCAUGGGUUCAGAAUGAACAGCCUCAGACUCAUGAAGUGAACGAAAGUGAAAUGGAGCAAAUGGAUGAAUCGGUUCUUUCAGCAUGGAUUGAGCAAAUGCAGCUUGAUCAACUUGUGGCUCUAAAGAACUUAAGCUAGGAAUUGGAGGUAAAUAACAAUACAUGGCAAAAAAAAAAAGGGAAAAUCUGAUUAUUUUUUAUUUGUUAUUAAUAUAGCAGAAAGUUAUAAACUCUAGUCCAAUUUUUCUCAAAGUUACAAGAAUAUUAUUUGUUUAACACCGAAC